UUCAUUCAGAACAGUCGAAGUGCGCGAACCACUGGUGAAAGGAAAAGGCACAGCCCAAGGAGUUAGAGUAGACCAGGAGUCGACCUCCCACCGCAACCGAACCACAGAUCCUAAUCCGGAAUCCUAUUUGGGUGACAGUUAAGCGAGCAUGCCGCAUACCAUGUCGUUGCGCAGCAGCACUCUGCUGGUCAUUCUGGCACUGAUCCUGUGCCUCAGCCCGCUGAUCCGGGCCGUUCCCGCCUCCGUUCUCGCUCAGGACACGGAGCUUUCCACCAGCGCCAACCAUAAGCUCCAGCAGCAGCAGCAGCAGUUGGAACAGCAGCAACAGCCGGCAGCAGCGAAACGCGCCGAGGAGGCGAAUGCGGUGCCGACGGCGGACAAGAAGUCGAGUCCGGAAAUUGUGCCCGCUUCCUUCAGCAAUGCCCCGUCGGCCAGGAACAACCCCAUCCCCGUCCCGAUGGCCAGCCAGGCGCAGCAGCAGGUGCCAUCCGGCGUCUACGCCCUGCCCUCCAACGACGAGAUCCUGGCCGCCGUGGCAGCCGCCGCCCAGAACAGCCAGCAGCAGCUGCAGGAGGAGCCCAGCGCCCUCGAGGAGGCGGUGGCCAGCUCCACGAUGCGCAAGCGGGGCGUCAACUACGAGUACAACCCGUACCUCUCCCCGGCCAGCGACUACGGCAGCGAUGUGCCCAGUGGCGUCUGGUCCGACGACUACGAGGCCGCCGUUCCGGUCAGCUAUGGCGAUCGGGACCUCCAGGAAAUCGAAGACUACGCUCCCGAAAGACGAUUGGGUGGUUCGAGUGCGCGAAACAAGGCCUACGACAAUCUGCAAAACCUCCUGAAUGCCGAGGCCUACUUGGAAAGCAUUCCCCUCUCGGUUCCCAUGACCUAUGCCAACCGGAACUACAACUUGGAUGACCGGAACAAGCGCGGAAUCUAUUACAAUCUGGGAAGUUCCGGUGGCAAUGGUGCGAGUAGUGGCUACAAUUCGGAGAACAUUAACCUCAAUAAAUACCGGCGCUUCAAUGACAUGCGACUGAAACGCGACACCCAGCUGAAUCCCGCGGACAUGCUGGCCCUGGUUGCCUUGGUGGAGGCUGGGGAGCGGGCGCGCAAGGAAAGCGACGCAGAGAGCUCCGGACCAGUGCCCAUGAUCUCCUCCGACGACCUGGACUACGUGCCGGCGGGCAGUUGGAUGGACGUGCCCGUACAGGCGCAACCCGCCCUGGUGGACUACUACGGAAUGCCGGUGGACAACCAGAACCAGGUGAUGCCCAAGUACGAGUACGUGCCCAGGCAGCACAAGUACAGUGGAGUCAACAGCCGAUUUGGUUCCUCGAAACAGCGAUAUAUGGUGGCCAAGAAGAAGCGAUCGGUCAGCCAAAGCCAGUUCAUGAACGAGCCGGUGGCCGAGCGUGGAUCCAGCUAUAAUGGCGAGAAGUACUACUAAGGAUCGGGAAUCCCCCCAACACAUCGGUAGUCUAUUUAGUAGUUAAUGAUAGCCACAGGCCCCACGAAGAGUAUUUCUGCGUUUUUUUCGAACAUUGAACAUAACAUAAUCCAAGGAACACAAAAACACAAACGAAACCAAAUAUCCAAAGUUUCCAAUUCAAUUAUAGUAAUGAGAUAGUGUCAAGGUCAACUCGUGUGCAAUUUUUGUGUAGAAUUUCAAUUUUAAAUUUUAAACCAACUCUACGAGAACUAAAUUAUUGUUAUACGCAUAUGAAGAACAUUAAUAAUGUAUUGUACGUCAAGAACAUAAUCAAAUCAAUGUUUUUAGGACGCCGAACAGGGUUCGGCGAUUUUGUCCCACGAAACCCAACCUUAGCUUAACCGGAACCGGAAAGGAACUAAACCGAAUCUAUGCCACGUAAUCCCUGUAAGAAAUCGGUGUCUAUGGCAACUAAAUGUACAACUACUGAAAUCCAGAGAAACCGCAACUAUCUGUAUCUACUUGUGUAAUACUUAUCGAACUAGAGGCUUCCCGACUAGUACAAAACAAAAUAAAAAUGAGAGGAGAACGUUCAAAUAUAUAUAUAUUAAAAUAUCGAUAGCAACAAUCGCCAGAAUUGGCUAGUUAUCAACUUUAAUCGAGCUCAGAAGCGACAAUUGUCCUCUAUACUGCUUUAAUUUAUAACCAAAUAUUUUUAAACAUGUAUGAAGCCACCACUUUCGAAGUACACUUUUAUAUAGAACAGCGCCGAAUCGGGGAAAAACGAUAUGACAAUUGAUGAGAAUUUUAAUCGUAUUUACUGAAUAUCCGCAGCUAAAUAUAUUGCUAGAAAUAUAUAACCGUACGUAUACAAUAUGCAAACUAUUUGUCAAAAUUUAAAAAGUGGCUCAGGGCAUAAAUAUUUUAAAUAUUUUAUGCCGAACGUGCAGCAAGCGUAUCGUUAAUUUGAAUGAAAUUGUCUGACUGUUUUUGGUAAUAAUCAAAUAUACAUAUGUACUAUGGAAUAUGGAAAUAAAUUAUAUUACUUAUACAGAGAUAAACAG